AUGUUAAGUGAUAUUGCGGCUCAGCCGCUUCCGCGCUCUUCGUCGGCUUUAAAAGAAAUAAACAGCAGCUCGCUAUGGCUUCAACCGCCGAGUCAUUUUCCUACCAGUAUUCUGCGGGUACCGCGUAAAGCUGUCAAAACGGCAAAGGAGAGCAGAUCUACAAUCCCGGAAACAGUUGAGAAUUUAAAGGAAUUGCAUGCACCCUGCGAAUUCGACCUUUUAAUAAAAACAUCGAUCGAUUUCUUCCCCUCCCUAUGCAAGGCGGUGCAUGAUCAUCGUUUUGUGGACGAGGCCUGGUAUCGUAUGUUCCGUACAUAUGAUACAGAAGCCUUUGUUUUUGAUCAGUUUUACGAGCGUUUGACCCGCUACGAGGUGGAUAGUUUAGUUUACGAGUAUGGUCCGAUAAGUUAG